AUGGCUCCAUCUCCAUUCGAAAUGUCGGAUGUUCUAUGUACUGUCAACGAUUACCUGUUCCAAGCAACUACACGCCGUCGCAUCUGCGUGACUGGUGCUGCUGGUUUUAUCGGUUUCCACACAGCCAAGGCCCUGCUCGCGCGUGGGGAUGAUGUUGUCAUCGUGGAUGAAAUGAACGACUAUUAUGACGUUAAACUCAAACAGAGUAACCUCGACUGGCUCACAACUACUUACCGUGGUCGAGUAAGCGUGUACAUCGGCAAUCUCUGUGACGAGAAGCUGGUGCGUCGUGUGAUCAAAGAGACGAGACCUGAAGCCAUGGUGCAUCUGGCGGCUCGCGCUGGCGUGCGUUCUAGCAUUGAUAACCCACUCAUGUACAUUCACGCCAAUGUUGUGGCAACAACGUUGCUGCUAGACGUGUGCCGCGAAUUCGGCAUCAAGAAGUUUGUAUACGCUAGCAGCAGUUCGGUGUACGGCGGUAGUAUGAAGGAAAAAUUUAGUGAGACUGAUAUUGUAGACUUUCCCGUGAGUCCGUAUGCCGCGACCAAGAAAAGUUGCGAGUUGCUAGCACACACAUACCACCACCUAUACGGCAUGGACACUAUUGGGCUGCGCUUUUUCACGGUGUACGGGCCACGAGGUCGUCCAGAUAUGGCUCCGUUUAAAUUCAUGGAUCGUAUAGCGCGUGAUAUCGCCAUUGACCAAUACGGCGACGGUUCUUCGUCGCGUGACUACACGUUCAUUGAUGAUAUUGUGCAGGGCGUCUUGCUGAGUCUGGACCGUGGUCGUGGUUGUGAGGUGUUUAAUCUAGGUCGUGGCACACCGGCGCUGCUCACUGAAUUUAUUGCCAUCAUUGAGAGACUUGUUGGUAAAAAGGCUAAGAUUAACAUUCUGCCUGAACAGCCUGGUGAUGUGCCUCGAACGAGCGCAGAUAUCUCGAAAGCGGAGUGUCUGCUAGGGUACAAACCAAUAAUUUCGCUGGAACAAGGGCUGGCAAUGACGUGGGAGUGGUACUCAAAAUUGUACACCGCUGGCGCCACUCGGUCCUUUUAA